AUGGCAGUCGGUGGCUCCGUGCAGUCACGUCAAACACGGUCAAACUGGCAGUCCAGCCAACUCAGCUGUGAGUCAACCUUACAGCCUUGCGUGUUUGUUCGAACCGCCCACCCAGAGUCUCAGUGCCAGAAUUCGUCCAGCGCCAAGACCAAUCCAGCAAAAGCGAUCCAUGAAGCUGCUUCUUGCCUCAGAGCCUUUCGCUGGUUUCUGCUGGUUGAACUGAUUCGAGCCAUUCUAGCCAUCUUGGGAGCUUCGCUCACACGUCCAUGCAUGUUCCAGGACCCCCCAAGAAGCCCAUUCAGGAGUCUAAAGCGUGCUCGACUGUGA